GCGACCGCUACAUUCUGCGCCGAAACCCAGUCUCUCCCGGUCCGUAUUUUAACUUCUUCCCACGGAACUAGUGGUACCUCGUUGGGUACCGGGAGACGGUUUGGAUUACUGGCAUCAAGGAUUGCGUUUGAUUUUACGCGGAUGACGACUCCUUCAACGAGAAUUUAGUAAAAGAAAAUCGGUCGGAAAUUUCAGAAUAUGUCGAAGGGACCCUAAUUUCAGCAUCCUGGAAGUAGAAAGCACAGAAGAUCUGUGUCUCACACCACAGACAGGUGCAGUGUGUAGCCGGGGCAGCACAGAGGAAGGACGUUCUAGGGAGGAGGUGGUGCGGCAGCGUGCCCCUCCGGCUGUGGAUGUGCUGGCUGGCAACUCCCAGGCUGCACAGAAUGUGGCUGAGGAGUCGCCUCGGCAUGCCCCUCAGCUGGUCGCUGUGCCACCGCCGGAAAGCGCCGACGAACCUGCGUCCCUCGGCAUGGAGAAAGCCCCGCAGAACGACUUGCCUGAAAAGCUCCCAAUCGGAGUUUCGCGGUCCUUGCUGGCGCCCUUUGUCGGGGACUGUAGUUCCUUCGCUGAGAUGCAAAGACCUCCAGUUCCCCUUUGUCCCGCUCUCGCCACAGAUACCGAGAUUGACAGCACAGUGCAAGAGUUGCAAUACGGGUCACAAACUCAUAAAGAGAAAAGCCCCUCAAAUAGUGAGACCAACCAGAUUCAGCCGUUCAAAGAAGGGGCUGGACUUAUUACGGGGACUAAGGAGAAACGGUCCAUCACGUUGGAAUACAAACCAGAGACUGGAACAAACAUGGAGCUUGGUGGAAAUAUUCUCCUACAACCCCGAUCUCAAAUCCGUUUCACAGCCCCGUCACCAUCUGUCCCGCAAUCAAGUGUCGGUUUUGGAGCCCGAGACGCCACAGAACACACGGCCCCGGGGCCGUCUGAUGGGGACCCGCCUGUCCAAGUAUCUCCUCCGGGCACCACGGUGCGAGCGGGGGGUCACCAGGACUCCAAACCGACCCUGCUUCCUUUACCCUCAUCAGGCAGCAGUGAGAUUAAACAAACGGACCUGCCAAAAACACAACAUAAAAUCAUCAAAGGCAGCUCGACUGAUGCCAGAGAGAUACAAACGGCAAACUCUUUGGAAUCAGUUGAGACGUUCGAGCACGUCAAGGAACUUGUUGACGGGCAACCUCCCUCAACUGAAAUACUUGAGACCGGAAAGGCAGGAGAACCGCUUUCUGGAUUACACGCUUCUCCUGAAAAGGAUGGAGGAGAUCAACUCGGAGGAGAGCGGUCGGAGGGCAGUGUGAGGGAAGGACACGCUGACGUCUCCUUGUUUGACUUCACAUCCCUGCCAGAGUGCUCCACCUCGCAGGAGAGUUCCUCAAAGGCCUCUGCUUCGCCGCUCCCCUUUGACACGGACGACGGGGAGCGGGUCGUCGAGGCGGAAACAUCUCAUCACGAAGCGGAGACGACACCGCUACCGCCGCCUGCCGAGCUUGUGCAUUCAGCCGAGGCUCAAGAAAUGGUUGUCGUCAGGGAGGAGACUCAUAUCAGCGGCGACUGGACAAACAUGCACCUAAAUCAGAGUUACCUCCUGCAGCGGGAAGACGGCAGCGUCUGCGAGCUGAGUGCCGACCUCUCCGCCGGGGAGCCGAAGCUGUACGAGGAAAGCGUCCAGAUGGAAGUGUACGAGUUCUGCACCCUGGUGGAGGAGGUUGCGGAGGAGACGGUGUGCGCCAGCAGCAGCGGCGCACAGAUGCCUCACUCACCAGGAUACGAAAUGAACUUAUUCAACGCGUUGCUCGAACACUCCGAGGAAUACACCGUCAAAGAGGACCUCGAAAGUGGCGCUGUCAUUAUUUCCCAGCAGCCCUUGCAUUUAUGCAGCGACGCAAACGGUAAUUCCCAUAAUUUGUCCGUGCAAACCACGAGAGCAGCUGCUGUCGGGCAGCAUUUGAUAUUCGAAGCUCGCCCAAGUGAGGACUGUUUAGUUGAAGUGGCCGCUGUUGCCUUAGAACAGACGGACGGCGGUCCACAAAUGGUGACGCCACAGGUCGGUGACGCCCCGUCGGACCAAAUGGAGACGUGUGAUUCUCCCGGAGUGCAAACAGUUCCCGCAAAACAGGAAGCGGGAGUGACGGCCGGCGCGCUGUCUUUCACAUCCCCGGCAGUUGCCGGUGAGGACGCGGGGACGGACUCGUCCGUUGCCAUCUUGUUGCGCGUUCAGCCCGCGCUCAAUCAGACAGUUGUAAGUGCCACAAAGUGCGAGGCCCCCGUUUCCUCCCACAAAGGGACCAAUGUGGCCCCUGCUUUGACAGAGACUCCGUCGCAGAGCAUGCAGAAUGCUGCUGUGCCCACAGAAACCAAACCAGCAGCGCUCUGCGCCACCCGUUCCCCUGGUCUGAUGCACCCGAAGCUGCUCUUUUUCAAACCGGGAGAAACCCCCAUCCUGAAAGCCCCCCCCUCCCUUUCGGCGCUCGUGUCCAAGCCACAGAAUGCGUCCGGCGAGCUGGCCCACAGCGCGUGGUCUGGCACCGUGUCCGAGGAGUGCCUUCCCCAAAGCGUCUCAGACCCUUUAUGUGCGUCCGAUCAGUCGCAGUGCUUCGUCGAUAAAUCUUCUGUGUCGGCGGCUCCCGGUGUCUCGCUUCCGCUCGACCCGGCUGCGUCCGUCUCCCCCACGUCGUGCACGAGCAAAUCCGACAACGAUGCCUUAACCGUUGCUCAAACUUCACGCGAAGCGGAUGUCGUCGCCUCUGCAGGCGCCACGACGGCCGGCGGCCUUUACGCGCUCCCGUCGUCCGCCGAUGUCGAUGACCUCAUCGGCCCAACGGAGUCUCUCUAUGAGGAGGGGGAGAGCGAGGACAUGGAGCAGGACGAAGCGACGGGAGAAACCGAGGCUCAGGAGGCCUCUUCGGGACAGAUCAGCAGUCCAGACGAAGGCAGCGACGAAGAACCGGACGCAGACAAAACGGAAAGCGAGAUGACGCACAGCUCUCCACUCAAGGUAGACCAGUGGAUAGCAGACAACGCCGCCGUGAACUCAUCUCCUGUCUCGCCCUCCACUUCCUCUUCUUACCCCGGCCCCUCGACCGCUAGCGACUGGUCCGCCCAACGGCGGGACAAGUCCUCGCCUCUCCGGGGGCCCCAUGGGAAGUUUGUGUCUCCUGGGAUCGUCGUUGGCUUCAGUUCCUCCACGUCCACGCCGGAUCAGGUCACGCCUCAGCGACCCCGUGGAGAGCGUCACACAGACAUGGCAGAGCUGGCUAAACAUGAAGCGGACAUUGAGCAUCGAACCCAGUCGAUGAGGCGAGAGGGCUCCUGGGCGACGAAGCGCCUCACCCGCCUGACGGAGCCGCCGCGGCCCAAAGUUCACUGGGACUACUUGUGUGAGGAGAUGCAGUGGCUCUCCGCCGACUUCGCUCAAGAGAGGCGGUGGAAGAGGGGCGUGGCUCGAAAGGUGGUACGCAUGGUGGUGAGACACCACGAGGACCUGAGGCAAAAAGAAGAAAAGGCCAAGAGAGACGAGCACUCUAAAAUCAGAAGAGUUGCCUCUUCUAUCGCAAAGGAGGUCCGGGCCUUCUGGAGCAGCGUGGAGAAGGUGGUGCAGUACAAGCAGCAGUCCAGACUGGAGGAAAAGAGGAAGAAGGCUCUGGACCUUCAGCUGGACUUCAUUGUCGGCCAGACGGAGAAAUACUCGGACCUCCUCAGCAAGUCUCUGGCACCCAGCAGGCCCGCUGAACCAGAACCAGAAACCGUCCCCGAGACUCCCAAAAAUUCAGUGCCACCUGCAACUGAGGAAGAUGACAGAGACUUUGAGCCUCCCUGUGAGGAGGAGGACGACGAGCAGACCCUCGAUGUGGAGGAGCAGCAGGAGGGCAACGACGCCGAGAGCCAUCGGAGGGAGAUUGAGCUGUUGAAGGAGGAGGGCCUGCUGCCCCUGGACCAGCUCCUCAGCACCCUCAAACUCUUACAGGAGACGGGCUCCGACGGAGAAGGCUCCGAUGAAACCUCUUCAUCGGUGGAGGUGGAAAAGGAAGACCGUGAAUUCACUGCCAAUGAAGAAGAUGCUCGGGAUGAGGAGGACACCAUCGCCGCCCAGGAGAAGGUCGAGGGAAACCUGGAUCACGCAGAGGAGCUGGACGACUUGGCCAAAGAAGGCGACAUGAGCGUUGAGGAGUUGCUGGAGAAGUACAAAGGAGCGUACGCCUCAGACUUUGAGGCACCGUCUGCAUCUGGCUCUAAAGACGGCUCUGAUUCAGAGGUGUCUGGGGAUGAGGAGGAGGAGACUGAUGAAGACGAGAGCGAUGUGGAAAGCAACAGUUCCUCCUCCGAUUCACAGGGAGAGAGCGGGGAAGUGGACGACAGUGAGAAUGACGAGGGGGAGGAGAGCGAGGAGGAAGAUGACGGCUGCGAGGAUGAAGGGAUGGAAGUCCUCCUGAAGGAGGGAGACAACAGCCCGCCUUCCUCCAGCAUACGGCCGAAGAAGGAGAUCAGCCACAUUGCUGCCACUGCAGAGAGCCUGCAGCCUAAAGGCUACACUCUGGCUACUGCAAAGGUCAAGACCCCCAUACCGUUCCUGCUUCACGGCACGCUGCGAGAAUACCAGCACAUCGGACUCGACUGGCUGGUCACAAUGUACGAGAAAAAGCUGAACGGCAUUCUGGCCGACGAGAUGGGUCUGGGCAAGACCAUCCAGACCAUCGCUCUGCUGGCUCACCUCGCCUGUGAAAAAGGUAACUGGGGCCCUCACCUCAUCAUCGUUCCCACCAGCGUGAUGCUGAACUGGGAGAUGGAGCUGAAACGCUGGUGUCCCGGGUUUAAGAUCCUCACUUACUUCGGUAGCCAAAAGGAGCGAAAGCUAAAGAGACAGGGCUGGACAAAGCCGAAUGCUUUCCACGUGUGCAUCACUUCCUACAAGUUGGUGCUGCAGGAUCACCAGGCGUUCCGGCGAAAGUCUUGGCGCUACCUGAUUCUGGACGAGGCGCAAAAUAUCAAGAACUUCAAGUCCCAGCGCUGGCAGAGCCUGCUGAACUUCAACAGCCACCGGCGACUGCUGCUGACAGGGACCCCCCUCCAGAACAGCCUGAUGGAGCUGUGGUCUCUGAUGCACUUCCUCAUGCCCCACGUCUUCCAGUCCCACCGCGAGUUCAAAGAGUGGUUCUCCAACCCGCUGACGGGGAUGAUCGAGGGCAGCCAGGAGUACAACGAGGGCCUGGUCAAGAGGCUCCACAAGGUGCUGAGGCCCUUCCUGCUCCGGAGGAUCAAGAUCGACGUGGAGAAGCAGAUGCCCAAGAAAUACGAGCACGUGGUGCGCUGCCGCCUCUCCAAGAGACAGCGGUUCCUCUACGAUGACUUCAUGGCUCAGGCCUCGACCCGGGAAACGCUGGCCAGCGGUCACUUCAUGUCUGUGAUCAACAUCCUCAUGCAGCUCCGUAAAGUCUGCAACCACCCGAACCUGUUCGACCCGCGACCCAUCCAGUCGCCCUUCAUCACCAAGCCCAUCGUUUUCCACACGGCCUCCCUGGUGCAGGACGCCCUGGAGGUCUUCCCUCUGAAGCGCUGCGACCUUUCUAUGUUUGACCUUGUUGGUUUGGAGAGCCGGGUGUCCCGGUACCAGGCAGAUGUUUUCCUGCCACGCUACAAAGUCAGCCGCCAACUAAUCCAGGAGAUCUUGGAGACCCCCGACCCCCCUCCAAGACCCAGACCAGUUCGCAUGAAGGUCAACAGGAUGUUCCAGCCGCCUCCGAAAAGUGACAAUCGACCGGUUCUUCUGAUGAACAAACCGACCUGCUCCGUACCGCCAGCAGCUCAGACCCCCAAACCGGCUCCCGCCGCUGAGGUCUCCUCAACUUCUCAACCCGCUCCUGUCGUCCAACAAGUGGUGUGUACAGUGGGCACCGCGGCGCCUCCUCGCCUCUCUAUGCACUCCACCGCUCAAAUCGCGGUGCGCUCUGGCGGCCCGAAGGCCGUGCUCACCGUACGACCUCCCACGGCCUCCUGCGCAGCCGGCGUCCCGGCUCACCCGAGCCCAAACCCCGGCAGCGUCCUGACCCAGAGGGUCCUGCUCAGUCCAGACAUGCAGGCCAGGCUGCCGUCGGGCGAGGUGGUGAGCAUCGCCCAGCUGGCCUCUCUGGCGGGUCGCCCCAUAUCGUCGUGUCAGGGCAGUAAACCCGUCACCUUCCAGCUUCAGGGCAACAAGCUGACGCUGUCCGGGGCCCAGAUCCACCAAGUCCCAGCAGCUUCUCCACGCCCGGUCCAAGGUAAUGUGAUGCACCUGGUGUCCAGCGGGGUGCAGCACCACCUCAUCAGCCAGCCGGCCCAGGUGGCGAUCCAGAGCACCACUACUGCUCCUCCUCCCAAUCGACUGCCUCACACAGUGCAAGUGGCCCCCUCCAUGGUGAGCAGCCCCGGUGUCGUGAAGAUCGUUGUGCGCCAGACCGCAGGCAAGGACGGCGGGCCCGUGCCCACGCUGGCAGUGGCCCCUUCCCCCCGUGUUGUUCCUCAGGCAUCCCCUACCCUGCACCCACACGCCCCCGCCACUGCCACCGCCACCCCCGUCCGAAACACCGCUCCACUGCAGAUCGCCCAGCGCACCCCCGGUCCCGCCACCGCCCACUACACCAUAGCUCCUCCCGGAAACCCUAGCUCCACCCCGAACCAGCCCCACCCCCCUCGCCCCGUCCUCAAAGUAGUGCAGCCUCCUUCGGCUAGCACAGAGCAGCCAGCUUCGGUUCAGGUGGCCUCCUCGUCCGCUGCGUCCAUGUCUUCGGCGCCGCCACUCGCCGGCACCGCCGGCGGCAGCAGCCAAACGCCAGUAGCGACAAAGUCGAGGCCCAGUGCAGUUAAAGCGUUCCCUCCACCCAGGAGAGUUCCUCAGCCGCCUCCCCGCUCUCCUUUCCACACGACGUGGCUGGCCGACAGCCACAAGCAGCAGCGCGACAGCCAGCUGGACUUCAUCAUUCGCGUCAACGAGAGCCACUGCGCGGCGAAGCCCAUGUACGGCCGGGAGGUUUUGAACUUCCUGACCUUCAUCCCCGGGCCCCGCCCCACGCCAGCCGCCCCGCGCUCCCAGAGGGAGUGGGGUCGCUCGGGCCACAGCAGCGCUCUUUACUCGCAGUGGCACAACAAAUACGACUUCUGGUUUCAGAGUCGCGCCGUAAGAGAGGCCAUCAACGGCGUCGACGACAGGCUGGAGCUGCUCAAGGACAUCAUAGACCGGUUUACAUUUGCGAUUCCCCCAGUGUCGGCUCCUCGGAUCUCCAUGCACUGCUGCCAUCCUCCUCCGUCGCUGAGCCACAAGCAGACGGUCUUCUCCUCCCUACUGUCGAGUCAAGUCACUCCGCGUACUCGCAGUCUCCAUCGUAUCCAGUGCUACAUGAGGACCCAGUUCCCCGACCUGAGGCUCAUCCAGUAUGAUUGUGGUAAACUGCAGACGCUCCACACGUUGCUACGGAAGCUGAAGACGGGAGGCCACCGGGUGUUGAUCUUCACUCAGAUGACGCGGAUGCUGGACGUGCUGGAGCAGUUCCUCAACUACCACGGACACAUCUACCUCCGUCUAGAUGGCAGCACCCGCGUGGAGAUGCGACAGUCGCUCAUGGAGCGCUUCAACGCAGAUCGCCGUAUCUUCUGCUUCAUUUUGUCGACUCGCAGCGGCGGCGUCGGGGUGAACCUGACGGGCGCCGACACGGUGGUGUUCUACGACAGCGACUGGAACCCCACCAUGGACGCUCAGGCGCAGGACCGCUGCCACCGAAUCGGCCAGACCAGAGACGUCCACAUCUACAGGCUGAUCAGCGAGCGAACAGUGGAGGAGAACAUUUUGAAGAAAGCCAAUCAGAAGAGGAUGCUGGGAGAUAUGGCUAUUGAAGGAGGAAACUUCACCACGGCCUUCUUCAAACAGCAAACCAUCCGAGACCUGUUUGACAUGGCUGAAGGGGAGAAGAAGGAGGUGGCUGUGGAGGUAUCGGUGCCCCAAGUCGAGGAGGAGGAGACCGUCAACAAACAGAGCACCACCAUUCUGGAGCAGGCUUUGUGUCGAGCCGAGGACGAGGAGGACAUCGUGGCUGCCUCUCAAGCCAAAGCGGAGCAGGUGGCAGAGCUGGCGGAGUUCAACGAGAACAUCCCCCUGGACGACGGAGGGGAACAGGAGGAGGUGGAGGAGCUCUCAAAGGCCGAGCAGGAAAUCGCGGCUCUGGUGGAGCAGCUCACUCCCAUUGAACGCUACGCCAUGAACUUCCUGGAAGCCUCGUUGGAAGACGUGUGCAAAGAGGAGCUGAAGCAGGCGGAGGAGCAAGUGGAGGCCGCCAGGAAGGGCCUGGACCAGGCCAAGGAAGAGGGCCUGAAGCUCCACGCCACAUCCGAUGAGGACGACGACGACGACGACGACCUUUCGUCAGCGCCGGCUUCUGCGGAGCCGAGUCAGCCGGCCCGCCGGGGCCGGAAACCCAAGGACAAGAUGGUCACCUCUACAAGGACCAGCGGGCGUCUGCGCAGGGCCUCGCCCGAAGCCGAGACCGAGCCCACUCGAGAAGUGCCCGAAAGGCCCCGCUGUGGUCUGAGAGGACGAGGGGCCGUCAGAGACUCCAGCGCUGUGUCUCCCACCCCGCCGUGCACGGAGCAACAAGAAACCUCAUCAACAACCAAGCUUCAAGACUCCUCCCAAUCGUCUCCUGCCAGAGAUCACCAGAUCAUCAAAACUAGGACUCUGCCCAGCCGCUCCCAUCCCAAUCCAGUGCCUCCCCCUCCGGCAACCUCCCCCCCCACUGGAGGGAAACAACAGUGUGCUGGGGAGACGGACGGCAAGACCCCCAAAGCCUGCACUGAGGACAAAAAGGGGGAGGAUGAGGGGAGGGCGGCCGAGUCACCGCUGGAGCCGAGUGGCCCGGUGGACCAUCAGGCAAAAGAGGACGACGGCAAAGACCACGGCGUCAUGUCGCCGCCCUCCACCAGCACCACCAGGUCGCCUCGCAAGCGCCAGUCGGCAGACGGCGAAGUCCUGCGGGGUCUGGUUGAAGACUGCCCGUCAGCCAAAGUCCUGCGGAAGCUUCCGGGGAGGCUCGUCACGGUGGUGGAGGACAAGGAGCCGAGAAAGAGGAGGCGCCGAGGAAGCGGCACCGGAGGUGUGGCUUCCUCGGAGGAGGCCGCCGUGGAGGGGAACCCCGUCGGAGUCGUCGACGACGCCAACGAAGACAACGCGUCGCCGAGCUUGGACAGCAAGACCAAAGCGGCCGUUAGCAAAUCUCCUCAGGACCAGGACUCCACCCCGAGUCCGGCUGUGCACCCGCCACCUGUCAGAAGUUACCCUCCGUAUUCGCCACCCCAUCUUUCUCCGGACAUGCCCGUGCUGCGAAAUCUUCCUGUGAGGCGCCGGUUGGAAACUGAGUCUCGUAUGGCUGCUCAGCUGGGAGAGCAACAGCAGCAACGAGGGAGGGGGUGGAACCAGUCCAGAAAACCCGCCGCAGAGUCCAAUUCUCUUGUGACACCUUUGAAAAGAAAGAGGGGCCGGCCCCCGAAGACUCCCCCUCGGCUAUCUGAGCCUGACACCACAGUGGCCCCUUCCCCACAGUCUACCUCUCCAAGUGAGGAAGGGAACCCCCCUCUCUCCCCAAAGCGGAGGAGGGGUCGUCCUCGCAAAGACUCCACGACGCCAGAGACCGUCGGUGAAGGACAGGACUGUAAAAAUGAGGCCACCCCUGCUGGCGUAUCUGAAAUAUCAAAAACUGAAGCUGGCACAGAGCCAACGUCUCCGUCUCCAAACAAGUCGGAGACCCCGAAAGCUGCCGCCGUCGCUACAAGUCCGGCCCCCCAAACGAACACUAGGACUGAGGUUUCAGCCCAGACUCCGACUCCAGCUCAAUCCCCCACAACAGAGAAAGCUUCCCCACCAGGACCCCCGGCCCCCCUUUCUGCUGUCCCCUCCUCCUCAGCUCCAGGUCCACACACAGCAUUAACCCAGGCGUCCUGUCCUGUUUCUACAUCGUCUGCUAUUGUCCCACCCACUGCUCCCCCAACUCCCACCGCUCCGUUGCCACUCGCAUCAACUCCCACCGGCGUGCCACCGACACCGGGGGUUUCCACUGCUUCGAAAGCUCCGUCAGAAUCCACCGGGGAGGCGACCGGUUCUCACGACGCCACACCGGCUGCCGCCGCUCCGUCGGCCGCGUCGUCUUCUGCCGCGGCCGCCGACGCAGUUCCAGCGUCGGCCCCCACCCCGACGAUUACUGCCGGCGUAUUAUGCAACGCAGUCGCCGCUGCACCAGCGGUCGCCACCGCAGAGACAUCGGUCACGACUGAAACUGCUGCUGCGAAGGAUCUGCCGGUGUCUUCUCCAACAUCGACUCCAGCUGUUGGUACCUCGGCUCCGGCUGCCGCUCCGAAGCUUUCCCCUGCGGCGACCGUCAAAACCGCCGCGGCUGGUCCGACGGACCCCAGCCCCGCCCCCACUGCAAGUCCAACCCCGUCUGCUUCUCCAACACCAUCAGUAACGACGGUCUCGUCAUCUGUUGCAAGUCCAGUUGCAUCUUCUCCAAACCCAGCAAGGACUAAUGUGACGGCCACCAGGCCAGACACAGCGUCACCGCCAACAACAACAACAACAACAACUGCUCAAGUGGCCACACACGGACAGGAAUCGGCUGUUCCGGUUCCCGGCGUGUCCUCUGCUAAACCUCGUGCUGUCCCGACCCCCACUUCUUCCCCACCUACGUCUGCCAGUGUAGCUGCCGCAGCCAAGGCUGAAACGGUUGCAGCAGCUACAUCUCCCCCAGCAGAGGAAGUCCAAGCUCCGCCCCCUGUAGCAGCAACAGCCCCCUCCAAAGAACACUCGGCUUCGACUGCCCCUCCCGCAACUGCAGUAAAGACGGUCAAGAUCCCGCCUCCCGUGACAACUUCUACACCAGCUCCAUUACCGACGGCCGCCGCAACUACAUCAUCCCCGGAAAAGUCCACGGCGGUUGCGACCCCCACAGCGCCCCCUGUGUCGGUAACGGCUACUACAGCGGCCCCAGAAGCCACACAGGCGUCUGCAGUGCAAAGCGUUUCGUCUGGUGACACGUCCACAGAAGCCCCGCCCCCGACGGAGGCCUCGCCCCCGAUGCCCACAUCGGCUUCCUCUGGUGUUUCAGCUGACGAACGAACUUUAGAGCAAACGCAGAAAGUAUCUGCCCCUGAAGAUGACCUGGACACGGGGACAGAAAUGGAAGUAGGUGCUGUGGAGGAAGGUGCGAGGACUAGCGAGGAGGAGGAGGAGGAGGAGGAGGAGGACGAGGACAACGACGACGACAAAAAAAAAAAAAAGGACAAGUGUAAGUCUCUGCCUAAAAGAAGAAAGGUGGAGAGUUCCUCUGAGACCAAAGACCUGCAGCCGGGAAGGGAGGGAGCCAGCGGAGAAGUGCCACCUGCAGCUUCCCCUCAGAAAGAAGAAACCAAGCAACAGGAAGUGGAGAAAACUACCCAACAGCAGAAGCCUCCGAUCCAGAAAAGGCCUCUUAGUCGCCAGAGUAGCCAGGAGUCCACUCGCUCCUCCUCAUCGUCGUCGUCUGGGGGCUCCACAUCGACCCUCACUCGCCACGCCCACCACAAGAGGACCUACGAGAACCGACUCCCUGUCAAGAAGAGGCGAAUGGACGUCACCUCAGAAACGGGCAAGGAGGGAAAGAAAAAAGAGGGUGGGGAGAAGGGAGAGGAAGGCUGCCACGAGGAGCUCGCCGCCGCCACCUCCUCCUCUCGGAGGAAGCGCUCCAGGUCCUCCUCCACCUCCUCGGACUCCGACAACGGCGAGAGCAGGAAGGAGCACCGAUUGACUCGCUCGGCAAAGCACGGGCCGCAGGAUCAGGAGCGGGAGAAGGGUAACGGCCGGCAAGGCAGGAAGGCCGACAGAAACGCCUCCAACAACGCCAACGCGUCCACGGGCGGAGAGUCGGGCAGCGAUACGUCGCCCAUUCGGGUCACCAGGAAGUCUGCAGGAUCUCGGCCUUCACAAGACACUAAAGCUCAGACGAACAGCGCGCCCUCGUUGCCGCCUGAGCCCGAAGUCCUGGGCAAGAGGUGCUCGGCACUCAAUGCGGCGGCCAAGCUCCUGGCGAUGAAGGGCAGGGUGGACACCCCCGGCCACACGCCUCGAAAGGCCUCUUCUGACAAGAACCAGAAGCCGAAAAGCAAAAGUGUACCCGCCUCCCCCCCGAGUAACUCUGUCAAUCUUGCCAACAAUAAAAGCAGCGGCAGCAAACCCUCGGCGGCCAAUCAGACGGGCCGCUUGGCCUCCCGCUCCACCCGACAGUGCCCCGGCUCGCUGGUCCCGCCCAUGGUUCUGGAGCACAAGAGGUGUCGAGCGGAGGAUAAGGAGCGAGGGAGUCGGAAGUCGUCGGGGGCGAAGGAGGGCGAGGCCGAGGCGCAGGCCUCGUCCCGGGGACACAGCGCCUGCAGCAGCAUGAGUAGCGACGGCGAGGGCGGCGGCCGGCGGCGCGGACGCAGCAGCAGCAGCAGCAACAGCAUCAGCUCCCAGAACACCGAGCACCGGGGGUCCCGCGCCGCCUCCUCCGGCAGCGAGCGGGACCGCAGUCGAUCCGAGAGCCGGAGGGACCGGCGGUCUCAGAAGCUCUCGCAGGAGGCGGCGAGCGGCUCGGGGGCCGAGGGGACGCCGAACCGGGUGCUGCGGAGCGUCGCCGCGCUCGCCGCGGUGCAGGCCCGGUCGCCGGCCGCCAGCACCCGCUCCUAUUCCGGCCGGCAUCGACACAACAAGACAUGACCCGAGUGCCAAAAGAAAUCUAGCCAAAGCAAAAUGGAAGAAGCGAGGGGGCCGUUGCAGAGCGCGUUACGAGAGCACGUCACGACCUCCGGGGUCGCCGCAUGGCGGGCACUCUGAGGGGGGGGCACUGAGUGCUGCACAAGCCAGGACCGCCCUGCCUCUUGGAGCCCUCCCCCUUUCCGACUGGAGCUGGUCCUCCCGCCAGCUCAGCCACCGUCGUGCCGGGGGAAGGCGCAGGGUCGUCUGGUUGAAGAAGAAAAAAAUAGAAAAAAUGAAAUGAGAAAAAAUGUGGCGCCACCGUCGGUGCGUCCGUUAACAGACGGAUUGGUGCAGUGGACACAUUCACCACUGGGACUCGUAGGGGGACAAAGGUGCAAAGGAAGGUUGUUAGUUCACUAUGUACUGUAAUCAUCAAAGACUGGACACUGCUCUUCUGUGUUGAGGUGGGAUUAUACAGCGCCCUCUAGUGGUCAUAACCGAAACGUCAUCCGUGUGACAGUAAAAACGUACGAGUGACCAGUUGUAUUGUAAGUUGGAGGUUUUAGAGAGUUCAGUUUUGAAAAAAAACUGUCAGCUGUCCUGACUAUUGUUUCUUUGUAGUCAGUUGAUAAGUUAUGCAUAUUUUAUUAUUUCUUCCAGGGUAUUAGGAGACCAGAUCUGUCAAUAUGAUCUUUGCUGCACUAUGCUGGAGCUUGUCUGCCCCCCCCCCCCCAUAUGUCAUGUCAGUUUCUGUUCAUUGGAUUGUUUUUUUAAUCCAGCCUUGCGUUUCUCAUUUGCACAUCUGAUAUCGUGUCCCUCUGCGUUCGAGUACGUUGUGGUGUAGUAAUACGUUUUGACAUCGACUUCAGUGGGUUAAGUGGUUCCUCACGAUGUGUCGCCGCAGUUGGAAAAAUGGAUAAAUUGAAGUUGCAAAUUGUCUUGAGCAUCUUUUGCUCCUGACCAGACCCGGCGCUGCAAAACACUUUUUUUUAUUGUUUGUUUUUGUUGUCCUAAUCUUCCCAAAGGCAGUUAAAGUUACGUUCCACGUUGUCAUGUAUUUAUAUGGAAAAGGCAAGUCGAUGUGAAAUGAAGAGUGCCUCUUUGGCCACAUGGGUUUGAACCUCACAUUGCCUUUUGAAGCACCUGAGGCCACCAGGUGUGUUGAGCUUCUCUCGUUAUGGGAAGAAAAAAAGAAAACAACAAUAGAGAAAGAAACCCCAGAGAACAGCAUCCUGUGCAUCAGUGCUACCAAAUUAAUGUUUUAUUUUUCACCUGGUUAUUUUUUGUCGCUAUCACUUCAUGUAAUAAAAAAGAAAACAUGUGAAUAAAAUUGAUGACUGUAAAUUGUCGGUUUACUUUUAGACUUUGGGGGGGGGGUGGGGGGGGUUAGUAGUUUAUGGUGAUGGUCUUAUUUUUCAUUUGUCUCUGGCUCCAUUUGUUGCAUUCCUUUGAUCACUUGUAAUUCCACAUUGUUUUACUUGAAAAAUUAAGACAAUUACAGUUGAAUAAAAAAGACCAAAAAUUA